AUGCAAACGCGCCUGGACGCGUCUGAAGACUGUUUAUCGAAAAAAACGUUCCUGAACGCUAGUGACCAUCUGAAAUGUUUUAAUGAUCAUGUUAUGAAUCCUUAUACAACAUCAAAUUAUUCUUCACCAUUGUAUCCAUUUCCAAUUGCUUUAAAUAACAAUUAUGGAACAUUUUUACAACCUCCACCAACAUCAUUACAUCCAAUAUUUCCUUUUCUGCCCACAUCUGAAAGAUUUGCAGAUUUUCUUCUUGAAACACGUCAUCCACGAAAACAACGUCGAUCACGUACAGCCUUUACCAGUCAACAAUUACAAGCGCUCGAAAGAUGUUUUGCAAAAACCCAUUAUCCCGACGUCAUGAUGAGAGAAAAAUUAGCAUUGUAUACGAAUUUACCAGAAGCAAGAGUUCAAGUUUGGUUUAAAAAUCGUCGUGCAAAAUACCGUAAAAAGCAAAAAGUCGUUGAUACAGAAAAGGGAACAAGACAAAAAUGUUGUCAAAACUCAUAUCUUCAAACAACUUCAGUAAAAAAAGGAGAAAAUCUUGCGGAUAGUAGUGAUGACGAAGAAAGUAGCGAUGAUGAAGAUGAACAAUGUUCAAGUUCGAAAGAAGAAGUAAUUGCUGAUUCAGACAACUCUAUUACUAGUUCAACAUUAGAAAAAAGAAAUGAUAAACCUGAAACAUUAGAAAAACAAAAGACUAAUAUUGAAGACAAAACAGAAUCAGAAGUUAAUGAACAUAACGAAGACUUGUUGACAACUACUACAAAUUCCAGUACAGUAUACGAUCAACAUCAACAAAAGCCACCAUCCUCUUAUGUUUCACCAUCACAAUUUGAUUUUAAUAGUUUAUCAUAUGCCUUCUCCAUUGGUCAAAAUCAUUCAGCAGCUGAAUUAACCUCACACUUUUUAAACCAAGGUCUCGGAGCUGUUUUAGGUGCGAUUGGUGGACGUGGUACUGGUGAUAUCUUUUCAAAUUUAGGGGCUCAAUUUUCAACAAUCAUUAACGCCGAACAAGAAGCUUUAAGCACUAUUGUUGGUAACCUUCAAAUAGUUGUUGGCAGUGGGUUGGAUACAUCAAAACCACAUUGGGAACAACUUCAAGAUCAAUUGAUUGGUCAUGGUUUAAAUGUAUUAAACUCACUUGGACAAACAAUCAAUGAUUUAGAUGGAACAAUCACUGGUGGCCGUUAA